AUGUAUUUGGAGCAUGUUAAGUAUGGAACACAACCACAUCUGUACGCGUAUAAUUACAUCUCUGAUCCAACGGUGUUUGAGCUUCAGGUCGGUGGAACCACAGUUGAUACAGUGACUCUUACUGCAUAUACAACUUAUUACUUCAGCAUCAGUGGAUGCAGACACUCAGGUCAGAUGUAUCGACCUGGUACAGUGAUCAGCUCUGAUCCACAAACCUGUUUCAGCCUCACCUGUAAUGAAACCGCAGUCCUCAACACCUCCAGCUGUGGUCCACUGGAGCGUUGUCAAGGCAACAACAUCUGCGUGUCGGCCUCCACCUGCACUUUUACCGGCCCCACUGUCAUCGACGUCCAUGGCCAGAUUAACUCCAUCCAGGAUCGGUGUGCGUACUCUCUGUUCUCGACUCCGUCACUCCCAGACUUCCAUGUUUUGGGGAACUUCAGGGACAGACGUCGUAAAGAUGUGAGCUUUUUGGACAGUGUGACGCUGCGUGUGGACGGGCAUGACAUUCACCUGGAACAAGGUGGGAGAGUUCAGCUGGACGACUCCACACUGACCCUCAGCAGCUCACCUCAGCUGGUUCAUGGUGUGCAGCUCUCUAAGGACCAAACUGGAGUCACUGCUGAUCUCUCCAACCUCAACAUCUCUGUCUUCUUUGACGGCGACACCGCACAGAUCCUCUUAGAAAGACCUGCUGGUUCAUCUGUGGAGGGUCUGUGUGGAAACUCCAUCAGCUCUCUGAGUGACCUGAGGCUCUCUGAGUACAGCUCCACCAGCUGUGAGAUGCAGUACAGUGAGACUGCUGACAGCACGAUCGACUGCACCAGUGUGACUGAACGCUGUAAUCUCCUGAGGGAGGCGCCCUUCUCCUCCUGUAACAGUGACAUUGACCCAGAGCCCUACAUAACCGCCUGCACCGACACUUUGUGUAAAUAUCCUGCAGUGGACGGACUCAACUGUCAGUUCCUGAAGGCCUACGCCAGAGCCUGCAGUCAACACAACCUCGCUCUGGAUGGCUGGACAUCAAAUACCGGCUGCUCCUCUGAGGCCUUCUGUCAGGACAGGACCUGCAGCGAUCACGAGUUCUGUGGUGAGAAGACGGUCGGUGGUGACACUCGCUGCUUCUGUCGGGACAUUUUUGCCUCCAAGUACCAAGCAAACAACUCUUUUGGUGAUCCAACGGUCUGCAUGCAGGACUCUGCUUCAGUCACUCUGGUCGGUUGUCUCCUGGAGGACAAAGGCAUCGACUACUCUGCCUUACACCUCAACGACCCGACCUGCAGGGGUCAGGUGGACGAGCUCACCCACAUGGUGACCUUCAGCUUCAACAGCAGCAAUAGCUGUGGGACGGUGGUCACGACCAACAACAGUGAACUCAUCUACAAAAACACCAUCAUGAACCAGAACAGCUCCUCUGACAUCAUCACUCGUCACGACCAAGUCUACAUCGACUUCUCCUGCGUCCAAACUCAGCCGGACAUCAAGACUGCCACCUUCAGGAUCAGAGACAGCUCUGUGAUCCAGCACAUCACAUCUGGAGUUUGGGAUUACACUCUGACCAUGAAGGCUUUCACUGACGCUGGCCGCACACAAGCUGUGGAGUCCAGCACUGAAGUGCAGCUGAACCAGAAGAUCUGGGUGGAGCUGAAGUCUGACGGACUGGAUGGAGACCUGGUCGUCAUGGUAACCGACUCCUGCUGGGCCACUGACCAGCCAUCACCCGACAGCACUCCGAGAUACGACCUGAUCAUAAACGGCUGUGCCAACCCUGCUGACCAGACGGUGCAGGUGGAGGAAAAUGGACUGGGAACCUCCAACUACUUCUCCUUCAACAUGUUUGAGUUCACCGGGGGCUCUGGUGAAGUUUUCCUGCACUGCAAACUCCACGUGUGUCCCAAACAGAACAACUGUGUCCCGACUUGUCCUGCAGGUGCUCGCAGACGCAGAUAUGCCAGGUCCAAAUAUGAAGGUGAAGCCUUCAUCAGCAUGGCCUGGACUCAUUAGGUGGUUUCCAUGGUGACUCGGACUGACUUACAACUUACUGACCUCCACGAUGAUCCUUGACUUCUGAUUGGUCCUAAGCCAGAUUUUGGAUGUUGGAAAGACUGAGCUCAGUUCUGCGGCAAACUCCCACAGCUGGAAUAAGCAGAUGUUUUUUUAGAGCAGGACCAAACUGUCGUCUUUGACACAUGAUAAAGUUCAGAUGAUGUUUUUUUUUUUCAGUUUCAUUAGUAACUUGGUGAAAGGGAAGAGUGUGAGCUGCAUGUGAUUUCCAGCCUAACCAUAUAAAUAAAUCUGGGGUAAAUCUACACUCCUGAAACUUAACAGAAUCAGAUCUCACUAACACUGUCAGAUAUUUUACUUGAGUUAAGGAUACUGGACAUAUUUAUUUCUUGGCUAUAUUCAUAGAAAGAAAUAUAUGAACACAGGUCCAACGCAUCCAUGAACAGUGAGGCCUUAACCAAAGCGGUAUCUUUCUUUCUCAGGUUGUUGUAAUUUAAAAUGAUUUAGGUACAAAAUGAUGAAAAUUUCCAGUGAAUCAAGUAAAAAAUGGUUUAUGCUGUGAACAUGAAGUGAUUCAAAAGUAAAUAUGAAAAUCAUCUCUUUAAGAAGGUGGUAAUCAGGGUAAAAUAUUUAAAGGGGAUCAUCUGGUUUCUUACUCUUUGUUUUGUAGCUGAAUGUUGUAAAGGUGAAGGUGUGUGGAUUUCUUUUUCACCUGUUAUCAGACCAUUACAAUCAUGUGAAGUAUGCAAGCAGAGUCUCUUUAACUCCGAUUGUCUUAUAAAACAAGCCGGAUGCAGCUCAAAGUGGACACAGCUGCUGAACUGUUAUUAGCGAAAGAACCAAGAGAGGACCACAGCUGAGUUAUCAAAGUUGUAAUUUGGUCUCUUUAAGGCAGGUGAAACAAACCAGUGCUGGAGUCCAUGUGACAGAAAACUGACCAGCUGUAACCAAAGCUGCAGUCAGCUGAUCUGUGGUCGUAUCUUUAAACAACUGUGUGACAGUAAAACAAAACAGUUGGUUUAUGUGUUUCCCAUUUGAGCUGCUGAUUGGCACUUAAAGUUGCAGGACAGCAUCACCUUUACUGUGAUCUUUAGUGCUCUGAUAAGCUCAAGAACAUAUGGAAGUUACAUCUUUCCUUUUAGAAAACACACAGUACAAAGUGAGCAUGAUUUCAUGGUGACUUUUUCCUUUCUGUGUUGUUUUUGGAGGCAGCAGUGUUGAUAACAGCACAUGAAACUGAGACUUGAUGCUCUGCUUUGUCGCCUUCACGCUUUACUGUUUGUUCCAAAAGACCAAAAAAAUAAAUAAAGGACAUGGGUAAUAAAAUAA